AAUGCUGCUGUCCUAGUGAACAAAGCCUCUGAGCUUACCACCCAGCUUCCUGGUAGUAGUGGUAUUGGGAUAUUGGAAAAGAUGAUCCAUAGCAUCCUGUUCUUUGGGAAUAUACAUGAAGAAAAGUACGGACCAGAGGACAUCUUUGGCACACUCCAUGAUAAGAUCAGAGAGCGCUUCCCAGAGCCAUUCAGUCAGUACACAACCUGUGUACCUCAAAAAACACCUUUCUCCUACUUUCUGGAACUGGUUGUGAAAUUUUGCGACCAUGCGGAAGACAGAGUGAAGGAAAAACUGUCUGAAACACUACGUGAGUGUGGAAAAUCAGGUGAUCUAUACCCACUAAUUGCAGUUGUCAUAUGCAUCUGUGAGAUUGGUGACUCCAGAUAUUAUGGAGCAUCUCUGUCCUGUGGAAGUGACAAGGUGAGAGAGAUCAUGACCACUGUGUCCUGUCUGCACGUUUGGCAUCCGAAAGUUUCCUCUGCUGUGAUGUCUGUGUUUCCUGAUGACACCGCGAAAGAAGCACAUGGGAUAAUACUCCCAGAUUCAGUGAAAUGUAAGGCAUAUGCAGUGGUGAAAAUCAGCAAGUUGAAACGACCUUGUAAGCGCUGCAGUGAUCUUUUUUCUUUGCCUAAUAAUACAGAUGUUUUAAAUUACCCUGGUAACUGUGCUGAGACUGAGGCAAUAAGUAACUUCCUCCAUGCUGAGCCUGGACUAAAGGUGGAAGAAACCUUUAAGCUAGAAAUGGUCAGGAGGGUGAAAGACAAGUAUGAGUAUGAUGUCAGUGUUGUCUAUGUUUAAAAUAGAUUAAAUAGCUAAUCUGAGAAAACAACAGUGCUAAUGCUAAUAUUACUAGCAAUUACUAUCUAUAUGAAUAUGAGCAGACAUUACUUUAUGGACAAACAUACGAUUGUUAUUGCUUUUAGUUAUUAAAAAUUUACAUUUAGCAUUUUGCCCCUUAAACUACAAUAGAUACACCAUUGGCAGCACAGAUAAUACAUUCUUAAUGCUGAUCAUGUAAAAGGUAAACAAAGAUAAAGAAAC